UUUAUUUUCUUGGAAGGAAUUCUCUAGAAGGAAUUAAAAUUGUAAAUCCAGGUGUGCUUAUUCAAACACAGCAGGAAAUCUUGGUCCAGGAAGACUCAUUGUUUUGUCUUGAGCUUGUUGAUUUUAGGACAACUGCACAGAACAGGAAGUGAGUCCUUUGUUCAAAUUUCUGUAGGUCACAGAGGUUGGGGAGGCAAAAGGCUCCAAGGAAGUUUUCUGUCUAAACCUUGCUGCCAUUUGCACUCACUUGAAUGCUGUUGUCUGUCUCUACAUGCUGGAUCCAGCUCUUUGACCUUCUGCAUCCACCUGAAGCUUCCUCCUCCUGCAUCUCUAGUGUCCCUUGAAAAAUAAGAGGAAUGGGGAAAGAAUUGUUCCUGAGGUUCCCACUCUCCACCUUAGAAUCCUUUGGAGGAUGGCAACCUCUCCCACCCUUCUUUUCCUGUCCUCUCCCAUCGAAACUAAAAGCACGUCCUUGGAACUUCUCUGGAACUUUCUCCAACUGCCUCCCCAACAGCCAACUGCUUCCCCUGUCCUGUGCUCCCUCUGCAAACAUUCUCUAAGAAUUAUAGGUCCUCAAUACCAGUUAAUCUUCAUCCCAUUCGACAAAUACUGUGAAGGUACCCCAAAGGUACCUCUACCAGCUUCAAAACGGAUCAAGUUUCCCAUGGAAGAGGCCAGCAACGAUGAUGCCGUAAACCAGUUGCCAAGGACUAUGACAAUGAAGCUGGUUGCAGCAGCAUUUUGCUUGAGUCUCCUUGCAGCCGGCCUGUGGGUGGGCCUCUCAAUGACAUCUGAGUCCCAGAACGUUGAAGGAGGAGGGAAACCUGGAGGAGGCGGUGGAGGCGGUGGAGGUGGUGGUGGAGGAGGAGCAGGAAGAGGAUGUUUUCUCCCGCCAUUGCCAAAAGAAGAUGUUUCACUAUGCAGGAACCUUGAAGUUUUCUACAUGGAGAUGGGGAACAUCAGCUGUAAAAUUGUUCCUAAGUGUAACCUAUACAGACAGAAGAUCAUGACCUGGCAGUCGCCGAUAGUCAAGUUCCAUGCGGCUUUGGAUGGUGCACAGUACCUGCUGGUGAUGGUGGAUCCAGAUGCCCCCAGCAGGUCUAACCCCAGGAUGAAAUACUGGAGACACUGGAUAGUGUCCAACAUCACAGGUGCUGACAUGAAAAGUGGGAAUAUUCGUGGCAAUACAAUAACAGACUACCAGCCUCCUACCCCACCACCGACCACUGGUCUACACCGCUACCAGUUCUUCGUCUACCUUCAGGGAGACAGAGACAUUUCUAUCCCAGACGGAGAAAGCCAAGACCGAGGUGCUUGGAAGCUGGACAGAUUUCUGCAGCAAUUUGGGCUGGGAGAUCCUGACGCAAGCACCCAGUUCAUGACUCAGUUUGAUGGGGAAAUACCACCAGGUUAUCGUAGAAUUAAUGACGACCAAGAGCAAUUCGAUCAAAAGUAA